GUACACAAAACUCAGAUAGCAAAAAAUAAAGACCAGCCACUUGGUUUCAGUUCUUGUAACUGGCACCAAUGUGAGACCAGGCGCUCAUUGGCUCUUAUCGUCGGCAUCUCUCGCUGAUUGGCCCGUUAACGCCUACAAACCUGCGAGCUACUAUUUUUCAAUACACGUGAGACCUCUUUGUUUGAUUAAGCCAAAAUGGCAGGAGAGAAAUGCGCGUAUGAGCAAAGCUUUUCGUUUUCUCCUCUUCUAUCCAAGACAUUCUCCUUCCUACAAGACAAAGACACUCUAACACUGUUGAUGAAAUGGUCCAUGCUGGGGAGGAUUACAGCUCAGUCUUACAGCUUCGAUCAGAGCUUUUAUCCUUAUAAUAGUGAACAAUUUGCACAGUGUUUCUUCAGAGACCCUGGUGUGAUUUCCAGUCUGAGAAAGAUGGAGGCUGGAGUCUGGGUUCUGCUUGGCAGGCCGUUAGUGUCCGUGAGUGUGGAGGUGGUGCCGUGCACUGCAGUCUCCAUGGAACUGUUUGACCCCAUCUACUCUUGUGGUAUUCUGAGGCCCUCUGGACAUAUAGUAAAAUGCUUUCAUGAUGUCUACCCUGACUAUGAUGAGCUCAGACAGAUGUUGCAGGAGGAAGACUCUGACCACUACUAUGUUGUUGGGAGAGAGCAGCGGGAAGAGUUUCUCUUUCGCAUCUUUAGACACCUUUGUCUUGGAGGAGAGCUCUGUCAAUAUGAAGACACCAUCAAUCCUUAUAUCAGCACAACAAAGCAGGUGUACAAAGACCUGAUCAGUGUGCAGAAGCAUCCAGAGACCAAGAAGAUUACUGUUGUCUCAACUGUGCUCAAAGUUUGUGCCUAUGAUGAGUUGGGCCAGUGUUACCCAGCAAGAGAAGAAGAGGAGCAGACAUUCGCUUAUUUGAUUGUUGACCCUUACAAACGCCAUGUCACAUUGUUCAGCUACUUCUAUGGUGUUGGAAACUUCACACUCUGACAGAGAAAGGAGGAAUAUUUCUAAAUGCCUUAAUGGAACCUGUCAGUCUCCUGCUGGACACACGUCCAAACACAUCAGCUCCAAAUGAGAGGUGAACAGGUUCACUCUUAUGUCAGUUUGCUUUCAUCUUUCAAUUUACUGACAUUUAGGAACAAACUAAGGGUGCUAAUGGCCGGAGGGUUACAGAGAGAAUUUUUGAAAGAAUAAUUAACUUGUAAUAAUAAAAAAAGUAUUUUCACCCUUUUUAACUGCUUUCAGAAUUGUUCAGAUGUAGGUUUAAAUCCUCUUUUGUCUAAUAACUGAAUUCAUAAUCAUGAAAUAGCAUGAGGUCAAUUUUUAACACAUAAUAAAGUUACUCUGUUAAUGCAAAACCAGAAAAAAUACCACAUUCAACAUACAGUC